UGUGACACUGUGCAACACUUAGCUAUUAACGAUUAUAUGUAAACAGUGAAAAAAAUAUAUUCAGGUCCAAUUGGCCUGAAAAGCAUACGAAUCAGGAAAGGCAGUUCGCAAGUGCCAGAUAAUCCGGGCUUAAUCGAGAAUCUUGAGAAGUCGUCGAGUGUUAAAAGACACUGAACAUUCUGCGUCCAAAAGGGUGGAGACUGGACAAAGCCCACACAUACACACAUUUAUCGGGAGCAGCGCAGCUCGCUGAGUGAAGUGGAAAAUGUAUCCAAAGGAGUCCAAUGGCCGUAUUUGCGAGCAGAUAUGAACGGAAAUUGCCAAUUGACGACACCCAGGCGCUGAGCUGCGAGAUAACCGCCGUCCAGGAGGUCGCCGGACAUACGGAGUACCUGCUGCGCGUGUGGAGGGGCGCCAGCAACAAGGACUACUGGACCGUACUUCGCCGCUACAAUGACUUCGACCGGCUGGACAAAUCUCUUCGCGUCUCCGGCAUCGAUCUGCCGCUGCCUCGCAAGCGCAUCUUUGGUAACAUGCGCCCGGAGUUCGUAGCUGAACGGAAACAAGCCCUGCAAGUGUACAUAAACGCCGUACUAAUGAAUCCCAUACUGGCCUCCUCGUUGCCAGCCAAGCGCUUCGUAGAUCCCGAGAGUUACUCGCAGUCCUUUCACGACCAUGCCGUGCAGAAUGCCAUGCUCUGCUUGCGAAACGACACGACAUGGUCGCUGGGCGGAAGCAUGGGCGCCAUAGGUUGGCGCCUGCGAAAGCACUACUUCAAGGUGACCACCAAGCCGCCGGAGAAGAGCCACAACAAGCAGCUGGUCAAGAGUGGCUCCCAGACGCAUCAGAGCAAGCAUUUCGCCGCCGGGAGCAGCAAUGGCAGCGGUCACUCCAUCGAUGCGGGAACCCUGGAUCCCGGAGCCGAAGUGGUGGCCGAGUGGCUCGAAUACGGGCCGGACAAGUUCGUUGACGAGAAGGAAAUCGGUGGCAUAAUGAAGAGCCUGAUGGGCCUGCAGCACCCGCACAUCGAGCCUGUGCUCCUGGCCGCUCACACAGAAAACGGUUGCCUCGUCAUCAGGAAGUUUCAUAAGCACGGUACCCUAAAGGAUGUUUUGUGCAUGGCUGCGAAUCCAAAGAAUCCCUUUCUCAGCAAGUACGGAAAUCCGAAGGGGCGCACUGCCCUCUCAAUGAAACAAGUGGCCACAUACGGCAAGCAAAUCCUAGAGGCACUCAUAUUUUUGCAUUCCAAGGGCUAUGCAUAUGGUCACUUACACUCCGGAAACAUUGUAAUAGUGGACGAUUGUGUUAAGCUGCUGGACAUCGAAAACUUUUUGCUGGGCGUACCCGCCUUCUACCGGCCAUUUUUUAUGCAACAUAGCAAGAUUCAUGCCAUAGAAACUAUUGAUGUUUACUGUUUUGGCCAUAUUCUCUUUGAAAUGGCCAUGGGUUAUCCUCUGCAGGAAUCUGUUGUUCGCCAAAUUACUGAAUGUCCAGAGGCGUUAAAAUGCCUGUUGGAAAGCAUUCUCUCCAAGGAAGCUUGCAAAGCCGGCCUACCGACGCUGGAGCAACUGCUUGGUCACAGGUUCUUCACGCAGUAUGCUUCAACUGAGGGAGGAGGCGCCGCUGCCAACGCAGAGAAGCCGUAUUUCAAACUAUCCCUAAACGCCAAGGAGCUGCUUAAGCAGGCAGCAAUCAAGAGCGAGAAUCGACUACGAGACGAACAGAAGUCGGUGAAGAACCAGAAGCGUAUUGUGCGCGUCCAGGAACUGAUGAGCUCCGAGGAGGAGAAACGCAAGUCUAAGCAAAAAGCAAAACUAGAGCACAAACAGUCGAAGCUAAAGCAGCAAGGUUCAAUCCAAACGAACAAUGGACGCUUGUCGCUUGUGGCUGCGACUGCAGCAGCAGCUUCCUCCAGCACCGCGGUGGUUGGUGGGUUAUGUGGGGCCGACUCCUUCAACCGCUCCGACAGCACACCCGAGGAGCCCACAAUGGCCGGCAUCAAAUCCCCACCGCUCACUCCGGCGCCGCACUUGGGCGGCAUAUAUCAGCAGGAAUUGCCGGCGUCGCCCGGCGCACCGGUGGAACGGCAGUCGUCCACACCGAAUAUGCUGGCCGAGGAUACGGAGGGCGCCGAAGGCGACGAGCUGACCCGAUCCGCUCUGCUUGAGUCCAUCUGCAAGUUCAAUCGCGGUUCACUGCGCAAAGUGCGCUCCAACGACUAGCUGCGGUAUUAAAAGAUGAUUUAUAAACAUAACAAUUUUUGGACCAAAUGUGGCGUUAUGAAAUAACGGUGCCAUCAAAAAAUAACUCGAAACUAAUCGAAUUCCAAAAGCUACAUUUUUAGAGGCAUAUUGAAAAACAAACAGCAGAUCGAAGACACCGCUGAGCAUAGCAUAUAACACAAAACAAUCCAGCAAUUACUAUAUGUACUAACGAAACCCACUGAUUAUAAUUAUUGCAUCUUAUACGUGUCCACUAUACACUGCAUACGAUUUAUCGGCUAACAGAAAUGUGUCUAUUUAUGUAAACAAGUUACAAGUCACACAUUUGCGAGCAUACUCCCGGAUCGCAACUAAAGCUUUACCUAUGUGUCCACUACACGACUGAAACUAACUUUGGUACGAAUAUCUAAAUGAGGAAACAAAAAUCUAAAACAAGCAAGAAAAGACAAACGGAGAAAUUUAGUACUUUCCAAUAUUUACAUAAGUCUGCACCAAAAUUUGCACGAGACGGAUACGCUAUUCUUUUAUAAGGCCACUGGCCAAUAUAGUACAUGGAUGUUAGAUGUCUAAGAAAUUGUUCCUCGGUGUUGUGUUAUCUCCACCAACGCGUUUUUAUCGCCAAUUUUUAGUAGUUGUACUGCAGGUUUUGUAACCGAAUUUAAGUUUUUAUAUUUCGAAGAGCCACGAAUGUUUUAAAAACACUCAACUGUUCGUUAAAGUCUACAUCUACACAUACUCGGAGUCCUGGACUCAAAAUAGUUGAAGCAACAGACAAAGACAAGGAAAUGUGGCCAAGAAUUCGCACUGUUAUUGUUUUCUUUUUUAUAGACAAUUUAUUAGGUGUGUAUUUAACCGAAUCCGAAUUAUGUAUCGAGUAUAUUUGUAUUUGAAUAUGUGUAUAUAUAUGUAAUUGAUGUUUUAUGGCCACAAGAGCACUCAAAAAUAACGUAAAUAUCGUAAAUUUGUAUGUGUAUUAUCGUCUACUGACUGUGGGUAUAUGUUUAUUAUACUUUAAACCAGAGACCGAACCAAAAUGAUAACACAAAACGCGAAACAUAUUCCCCUCACAUAUUGCAAACCAAAUAAAGUGUAAACUAAUUGUCGUUGUAA